AACCGAAGUCCCAAUCGGGUCCUCUGUGCAUUCGUUCCGGGUCUUCUCUCGGCGGCGAGUCCUCGUCUUCUUACAUGCUUGCUGUUGCUUCUUCCCAGGAAGAAACCUGCACUCUUUCUUGCUUCGCUCUUGUGUGCGCGACUCCCAUGUCGCUUUCUGCUGAAUCCCGACGCCGAGGAAGAAAAUGAGAGAUGAAGGACGAGCUCAGCGACGUGGUUCCCUGCUCUUCCCUCGCCGUGGACUCCAUCCUCCGCGUCGGAACGGCGGGAGCGAUCUGGGGAUUAUGCAUAGGUCCAUACGAUGCUCGGAAAAUGGGCCUUUCUGGGAUACCUCGCGCGUACUUUGUGGCGAAAUCGGUCGGCAAGUUCAGCUUCCAAUGCGGACUGGUUGCUGGAGUUUUUACAGUGACACGCUGUGGAAUACAGAGAUACCGAAGGCGGGAUGAUUGGGUAAAUGGCCUGGUCGCGGGAGCUGUGGCUGGGGCAGCUGUUGCUGCAGGGACAAGAAGCCGGACGCAUGUACUUGGGAUGGCUUGCCUAGUUUCUGUCUGCAGUGCUGCCGCUGAUUUUUCCAGAACAAACUAGAAUCACCAGGUCAGAUAAUUCCUCGGUGCCGAAGAAAGAGGCAAUUUUUCCAGUUCCACCAAGGGUAGUUGUCGGUAUCUUUUGGUUUUCAAGAAUCAUCUAGGAUAAACAAUUUCCAGGCUGAUUUUAGAUUUGAUUCUUUUGGCAAUGAAACAAAGAAGGGGAUAAGAAGUCCUCUCGUCAUCUGGUUGCUGAUUUGGUUGCAAAAAUCAUAAGCUUUAUCAAAGUGCAGGAAAACAAUUAUUUA